AUGGAAAAGACGCAAUUGGUAGUUUUGCCUGUCUUCCACUAUAUGGAUCCUAGUGAUGUGCGGAAUCAAAGAGGGACUUUUGCAAAAGCCUUUGUAGAGCAUGAAGAGCAUCUCAUGGAUUGCAUAGGGAAUGUUCAAACGUGGAAAGCUGCUUUGACAAAAGUUACUGAUCUCGCUGGAUGGGAUUUAAAGGAUAGUUUGGUUCUUGUUUAUGAGGACCUUGUUGGAAUGGACUCUUGUGUGGAGGAAAUGUUGGAUUCAUACUUGGCUGAAGGGUUGGAUGGUGUUCGUUUUGUUGGGAUUUGUGGGAUGGGUGGAAUAGGCAAAACAACUCUUGCGCAAGAAAUUUAUAAAAGAAUUUUUGAUAACUAUGAAGCUACCAGCUUUAUUGCUAAUAUUAGAGAAGAAACUAAAAAUCGAGGUCUAAAUUCUUUACAGAAACAACUUCUUUCAAAGAUCCUCAUGGAAAGUGAAAUAAAUAUAUGGAAUAUUCUUGAGGGAAUCAAUCUUCUAAGGAAUACACUAUGUAAUAAAAAGGUUUUUAUUGUUCUUAAUGAUGUGGAUGAAGAUGUACAAUUAGGAGCAUUAGCAGGGAAGCAUGAUUGGUUUGGUUCAGGGAGUAGAAUCAUUGUAACAAGCAGAGAUAGUCAUUUAUUGAAAAGAUGUGGGGUGAAUGAUAUAUAUAGUGCUAAGGGGUUGAGUAAUGACGAUGCUUUGUAG